UCCAUGUUGUAACAAAGUUUCCAGUUUCUCCCCUUUUUUUUUAUUUAAUUUUUUUGUUUUCCCCCUUUUCCCUCCCGAUUUCCUCUCCUCCCCCCCUCAGCCUCCCAUGCCCCCCAUCUUCUCCCUUCCCCCCCUUUUAUUCCUCUUUCUCUCCAUCUCACCCCCAAGCCGAGGCAGGAAGGAGUGAGGGUGAGUGCUGGCAGGAGGAGGAGUGUGAUGGACAAUCCGUCCAUAUUCACCCAGGUCAGCCGAGAGGAUGUGCAAGAGAAAGGUGCCCAUAACUCCUCUUCCAAGAAACCACGCAGUCGUAGCAUCUUCCAUACCCUAUUUUGUUGUCUGUGUCAUGAAGAUACAGAGACUCUUCCUGUCAACAACAAUGCACCUCUCCUGGUGGAGGAGAACGGAUCUGUCCCCAAGACUGCUGUUAAACAUCUUCUGCCUGAGGUGAAGGUGCAAGAUGCUGACAAGAUCUGUGUUGUCAUCGACCUGGAUGAAACAUUAGUUCAUAGUUCUUUUAAGCCCGUCAACAAUGCUGACUUUAUCAUUCCUGUUGAGAUUGAUGGAACGGUUCACCAGGUGUACGUAUUAAAAAGGCCACACGUGGAUGAAUUCCUGCGACGAAUGGGAGAGAUGUUUGAAUGUGUCCUGUUUACAGCAAGUCUCGCCAAGUAUGCAGACCCUGUGGCAGACUUGCUGGAUAAAUGGGGAGCUUUUCGGGCACGGCUUUUCCGGGAGUCUUGUGCUUUCCAUAGAGGGAACUAUGUGAAGGACCUUAGCAGGCUGGGCCGGGACCUGAGAAAACUUAUAAUCCUUGACAAUUCGCCAGCCUCCUACAUAUUUCAUCCAGACAAUGCGGUGCCCGUAGCAUCAUGGUUUGAUGACAUGACAGACACAGAGUUGCUGGAUCUCCUACCCUUCUUUGAGAGACUCAGUCAGGUGGACGAUGUCUACAGUGUUCUAAAGCAGCGCAGGACUGCAAGCUAGUGACUCAGAUGGGGGACAUGGGAGGGGCACGCAUGUCUUGCAUAUGAAUAAGCUCACAUGUGUUGUAUGUCGAAUGACAGAGUAAGCCCUUGAUUCACACUUUUUUUUUUUUUUUUUUUUUCUGUGAUCAGAUGUAAGGGGAUGGGGCUCAUCUGAUUCAGUCUCCUGUGCCUUUGUAUUGUCUAUAAAUGCUGCAAUACUUUGUAAGAGCAAUUUAAACCCACUGCCUUGGUAAUGCCUGCACUUGGCAGCUGACUUAAAGACUUUAUAGAUAAUGUUUCACCUGAAAGUGUCACUGGCUCUCGUCAACAUGAGAUGGCUUAGAUUGAGAAGAGUUGUAUUCCCAAAACGAAAUGUAAAGGCACAGUUGGCCUCCCCUGCUUUUUAUUGGGGUGAGUGUUGUAAAAUAUUUGUGAUUUUUCAUAUUUUCUUUAUGCUAUUCUGAUUUAGUGGAAGUAAUGGGUGGAGACAAAAUAAGUUAUUACGGCAUACUACCGAUAACUGCCACAUAUUAAGAGGUUUGUUUAGUUAAAUUCCAUUUGUGUUUUUCAUGCUUCUGAUUCAGCAUGUUCUGUGUCCUUAUUGUCAGGAGGCCGGUAUUGCUGGCCUUUUAAGAACCAUGCUUUAUUGGGAAGCGGUAAGAGUUGCCAGAUCACUUCAAUUUAAAGAAAGGAUUAUGUGAUCUGUUAUAGUAUCAAAGCAAGUGCAACCUAGUGUACUGACACUAGGCUUACACAGGCGGCAUUGCGUUUGAUAUUUGUUUUUAAACCCCUCAUAAGACUUUCUUUUUAUAUACAUACUUCAUUCCUGGCUUAUUUAUUUAAAGGAGCAGUAGACACAUUGUGCAUGUAAAGGGUAAGAGAAUGCACAAUUUCAUACACUCUGCUCGAACAUGUACUGUGUGCUUGACUGACUCAAUAAGGAAUUUUUUUUAUUUUUGGGGGGGUUAUAUUUAGGGGUUUAGUCAGCCAUUUCCACCAGGAAAAGAUAAGCAUGGUCAGUAUUCGAAUGCUGUUAUUAAACAAACACACAUUACACUUGGACAGUAUUGACUCUUCUUGGCACCCCAGAUAUUUGAGACCUACAAUUUCCAUGAUGUUCAGUCAGCAUGGAGGCUGUCUAAGCAUCAUGGGAAAUGGUUUACAAACCUGUGUGUAGCCAAGGCUAGUCAAUUCUACACCUAGAGAAUCGAGAACCAUUAUGGGUUGAGCAGCCAUUGGCCCAAUAUCUUGACCGCUGCUGUGAUUGCUCUGUGAGAAAUUUCUCAAACUAUAAUAUACAUGAUUUUAAAUGAUUAAGUUUCAUUCAAUUUCUUGAAAAUAUGAGAUGUGAAAAAUGUACGGCCGUUGACUUUUAACCUACUGUCACUGCUGUGGGCUGUAAAGGGCGCUAAGGUGAUUUCAUUAGUAGACGGGAUUAAUCAUUUUCUAAUUGUAUAGUAAUGCCUUAAUUUGGUUUAUGCCUAAUGUAAUUUUCACCAAUGGUGACUUUUUUUUGAAAGAAGUGUAGGUAUGUUACAAAGUUUAAAACCUCUUGCUGUAACACUGUAGAUUCAUUUUUCUCUUCGAGAUUCUCCUGUAAUCAAAUGUAUUCAUUGUGAGUGAAAUGCAGGGUUUUUCUGUUGAUAAACACCAAGUGCCUUUCUUAUAAACGAACAUUCUCCAAAUAACUCUGUUCUUAGAACACUGUAUUCCAAGCGGUGGCAUCACUGAUUUUGUGGUCGGAUUCCCGUGAUGCACAGCGUAAGGUAAUGGGCAAUGUUUACCCAUCAGUGUUAAAUCAGGGGCAAACUGGGGAAAUGCAAGAUGUGAUGAAUGUAAAUGAUGUGCCUUGUUCCCUCCAAACAUUGCUGCAAUGGGCAUAUACAGAUGUUUGCCUUGAUUGUGUUAACCCUUAAUGUUCACAGGAUUGAGCAACAAAUAUCAUGCACACGCACACUGCUGGCCGUUAAAGAGUGGACUGGCAAAGUUCUCUUUUUUUAUUUUUAUUUAUUUUUUUCA